AUGUCUGCUCAAAACAUUGAAAGCUAUAACAUCCAUGAAGAAAACAAACUUCAAAAAUGCGCAUUGUGCAAUCUUUGUGCUGAACAGGAUAGAAAGAAUAAAAAAGAAAAACGUCGCAGAGAAAAAUCACCUGAUGAUGAAAAUAUCAUUUCUCUUUCUUUAAAUAAUAAAGUGUUAGAAAAUGUUAAUAAUGAUGAAAGAAACGAAGAUGAAUUUAUAUACGAUGUGUGCGAUCUUGAAGAGUUUGUAGCCUGCAAGUUUAGAGAUAACGAAGAAAAGGAAGACCCUGUCGAAUUCUCUGCAAUUGUAAAAAUUGAAAAAGAAUUGAUCAAUGAUAAAAUUCUGUCUUUGGAAUUUGAAAACGAAGAACAAAAUUUCC